UGUCUGUGAGAGUCUCCGCUCUCUGAGCAGUCCGUGUGGCAGAGAAAGGUGCGGGCAGCAGUGAGGAGACAUCGGGCAGCGCUAGUGUGGGACAGCCGGGCACAGGGGUGUGAGGCACUGGCACAGCCGCAGUCUGAGCCGGAGAGUGGGCAACUUUAUCUGUACCAGUUAGAAGCUGAGCUCAGAUCCUGAAUAUGUCCAACAAUGCCUUGGCAAUUGAAGACAAGGCCCCACCUCCACCCAUAAGGAUCAAUAGCACAAUAGGCGGGGGCAAUACGAACAAAUGGAAUGAAAAGGACAAAAAAAUUAAAAAGGGUGAAGAGAAAUCCCAACCUUUCAACUUUCCUCAUAAAGGUAACAAAAAGGUUAAGAAUCCCCCUCUGGUGAUUUCCAGCCCAUUUGGCUAUGAGCAUAUCUAUCACGUGGGGAUUGAUCCCUCUACAGGAGAAUUUACUGGCAUGCCGAAACAGUGGGCCCAGCUUCUGCAGACUGCAAACAUCAGUAAAAUUGAUCAGAAGAAGAACCCACAGGUUGUUCUGGACGUACUGAAUUUCUACAGUUCUGAGACAACCUCCAAAAGCCAAAAGUACAUGAGCUUCACAGAUAACUCUAGAGAGGCUUAUAAUUCCAAUUCAGUCUUGGAUGCCAAGCCUGUGCCUGAGGUGGCAGAGGUCCUUCCUGUGCCAGAAGCUGAAGAUCCCCCUGCUUUCCCUCCGCGUCCUGAUCACACAAAAUCAAUAUACACACGCUCUGUCAUUGAGCCUCCAGUCCCGCCACUGGCAGCUAAACCAACUACAGAGAAUGGCAGUUCAGUCACUGAUGGAGCGGAAAGCAGCGUGGACAAGACAAAGAAGAAGCCCAAGAUGACAGAUGAGGAGAUCUUAGAGAAGCUGAGAAGCAUAGUAAGUGUUGGAGACCCAAAGAAAAAGUACACACGAUUUGAGAAGAUUGGACAGGGGGCGUCUGGGACAGUUUACAUUGCUGUGGACGUGGCCACUGGCCAAGAGGUGGCGAUCAAGCAGAUGAAUUUGCAGCAGCAGCCAAAGAAAGAGUUAAUUAUCAACGAGAUCCUUGUAAUGAGGGAAAACAAGCAUCCAAACAUUGUGAAUUACCUGGAUAGUUACUUGGUCGGGGAGGAGCUGUGGGUUGUGAUGGAAUAUCUAGCGGGGGGAUCUCUCACUGAUGUUGUAACAGAGACCUGUAUGCAAGAGGGCGAGAUCGCAGCUGUGUGCAGAGAGUGUCUUCAGGCUCUGGAAUUUCUACAUUCAAACCAAGUGAUACACCGAGAUAUUAAGAGUGACAAUAUCCUCCUGGGGAUGGACGGAGCUGUGAAACUGACUGACUUUGGGUUCUGCGCACAGAUUUCACCUGAACAGAAUAAGCGCAGUACUAUGGUGGGCACGCCAUAUUGGAUGGCUCCUGAAGUGGUGACCCGGAAAGCCUACGGGCCUAAAGUGGAUGUAUGGUCUCUGGGGAUCAUGGCUAUUGAAAUGGUGGAGGGGGAGCCUCCUUACUUGAAUGAAAAUCCUCUCAGGGCGCUGUACCUUAUUGCUACCAAUGGAACCCCACAGCUGCAGGAGCCAGAGAAGAAGUCGCCGGCAUUCAGAGACUUCCUGAGCCGCUGCCUUGAGAUGGAUGUAGAAAAAAGAGGCUCGGCCAGGGAUCUCCUCCAGCACCCGUUCCUGAAGGUUGCCAAACCUAUGUCGAGCCUCACGCCGUACAUAAUUACAGGAAAGCAGAUGGCAAAAGGCGGUCUGUGAGCGACGGGCCGUGGGUUAGCGCUAACGGUACGACAGUUACUCUCUGGUUUUAUCCCCCACUUCCCACUAUCCCCAGGCUGCUGGGCACCUGGAACGAGAAUAAAUAAAAGUUCUAAUUGAAAUGCUGAUGAAUCGUAGCCUUUUGGUGGGUCUGGUUCUGGACUUGUAGACAAAGGACUCUCAAUUGUUUAUACGUAGCAACAAAAUUGUUUCUUUAAUUGUAUAUUUUUACAGCUUGGAGCCUUGACUAUGUUGAUCAGAAUAAAUUAAACCUUGUUUUUUUUUGUCCUUGUA